AUGAAGGCGAAGAGGAAGAUGAUGCAGCUAAGAAGAUUUCUAUAGCAGCUAAAUCAAUCAUCGAAUCUAUGAUUUACCAGACGACUAAAGAGGAAUCUACCAUCACUGAAAGGUAAGCUCGACCAGCUACCAAGAUGGAUGCAUGCAGUAUGUGCCAGGAAAUCUGAAAUAAUAGUUGGUACUAUUGUAGCUUCACAUGAGACCAGUACCGGACGACGCUCGGCAAAGAAGAAGAAGACGAGCAGUAGGAGUACUAGAGUACUACCAAAGUUGCUGCUACAGCAAAGAAGAGAAAACCUGCACCAGACCCGAAGAAAUGGAUUCCGCUGUGUACGAGUGAAUAGCUUGCCGGACGGUUGGGAUCGGACCAGGCGGCCGGUUAUGGAUGAAAUGAAUUUGGCUUUCUUUAGAAAACGUUAACAUGAGGAUCCUACUCAGACAUCCAGAUAUGCAAAACAUUGGGUCUCCAACAUAUCAUUCCCACUCCCACAGCCCUGAAAAUUCCUUGCAUCUGAGGAAUCACAUAAUUGUGGAUCUAAAGAAGACGAAGUCUCGAAACUACUACUUUUGCUACCAGUAAAUAAUUUGAUUCCCCAUGCAACUUCAGUAAGGGAAAACAACAUAAUAUGCUGAGGAUCUAGCUAGCUAAAGAAUGUCUCGGUUUGGCUCCGAGAGACCAGGAGCUUUCGCUCACCUAGCUUUCCCCCAAAACCCUAGCGCCGCGACCUCUGGUUUGCGUCAAUUCUCUACAGAUUUCAACCUUUCAACCCCGCCUACUUAUCUCACAACCUCCAUGGUUUCUGCUGAUGCUGCUACGGCAAGUUUCGAUGGCUUUGGCUACCGGCGGGACUGCUUCUUCCGUCCAAUGGGGCCGAUUGGUCAUGGUGGCUGUAUGGCGGCGACUAUGCGACUCCGGCUGGGUCCGAUGUUUGGACCAAUGGAUGACUGGAUUUUGUGGCCGCCGGAGAUUCAAAAAAGGUGGCCGGCAAAGGCAGCGUUGCUAGCCUGGAAGAGGAAAGGGAUACGGGCUUGGAUCUGCGCUUUUGGGCCUGGUUUUGAGCUUCCCCCUUUAUGCAGGCCUUUUGGUGGACCCGAGUCAAAGCUUGCCCAGAAAUUAUCUACUCCGUCUCCCAUGAUAGCCUCGAGAUUCAAUCGGGGAAAGGCUAGCCCUACUACUAAGGGCAAGGAGGUAGCUUAAUUUCCUUGUUUCUUACAUAGACAUCUGAUGGAAGACUAUUUUUUAUUUAGGUUCCGGUAAUACUUUGUUGUACAUCAAUCGAGGUCCAUAGGCGACUGGUAUUACCGCUACAUAGAAUUU